AUGAGUAGAAAUCAUAAAAGGCAAGAAUAAAAUAUUGAGCCAGCAAUCAAAUAAAUGGAAUUUAGAAAAAGAAGAGGAGAAAAAAUGAAUUAUUUGAUGAAACGUGAAUUACCUGAAGAAGACGACUUUUGGAAUAAUAACAAAUAUUUUAAUUAAGAUAAUAUUGAUGAUGAUGAGUCUUAUUAAUAAAAGGAAAACUAAAAAGAGGAUAGUUUUGAUUCAGAUUUUAUUGAUUCAUCUGAUUCAGAAGAAUCUGAGGAAGAUAAUCAAUCUCAUAAAUCAACUACAAAAAAGGUGGAUAAAGAAAAAACUAGAGUUAUUCGUAGUGUUAGUAAAACUUCUUACAUUCAUGAUCAUUUCAAUCAAGAAUAUUUAAUCCGAGAAGCUGUCUAAACAGAAUUGCGCAAUAAAGUUUCACUUUAAUACCUGAUACAAAUUGAGGAGGACAAGAAGAAGAUUAAAGUUGAAAGAGAAAAUGUGAUUGAUGGCCCAAUUAUAAGAUAAUUAGAUAAUUAAAAUGAGAAAACUUUAUAAUUUAUUAAUUUUGAAAAAGGUGAAUACCCUUAGCUAUUCCUCAAUACCAGUAAAAAAAAUGAAAAAUCUCAAAAAACAAAAUACAAAGAUCCUCAAACAGGAAUUGGAUUUUCCACAAUUCAAGAAUUUAAAACAAUUAAGAGAUAAAAUAAAAUCUAAGAUAAGAUCAACUAAUUAGUCAAACAAAUGAAUAGUUGA